AGCUUCUUGUUGGAUUCGCAACUUCGCAGCUGCUUCUUACGCAUCCACGACAGCAUUUACUCUACUGCACAAACCACUGCCAACAUGUCUACCGAUCCAGAAAUCGAAGUGGCGCAACAAGCAGACGCCGAAACAGCCCAAGAUCUGCCCGCCAACCUGGAACAGCUCAAAGCAGAGGCUACGAGAGAGUAUGCGCUGAAGAACUACAACGCCGCCGCCGAGCGAUACGCCGAUGCUUGCGAGGUGCAGGAUGAAGUCAAUGGGGAGAUGUCGAUCGAAAACGCCGAUCUGUUGUAUCAAUAUGGUCGCUGCCUCUACCAUGUUGCCGUCGCAAACUCAGACGUGCUCGGAGGAAAGGUCGCAAGCAGUGAGGAGCCCAAGAAAAAGAAGCGCAAGGUCGCCAAGAAAGAGGAGAAUGGUGAGGGCAGCAGCAGCAGCCUGAUCGGUGAUGCUAUCAAGAGCGGCGAGCAGAAGCUGGCUGAGGACGUCAUGGAGGCUGCAGUGGAGAGCAAGGAUGGUAUCGUGGCAGAGAGCAGCGCAGAGGGCACAAAAGAGACAACGAAACCAGGCAACAGCAGCAACCCUUUCUUUCAGAUCUCCGGCGAUGACAACUUUACCGACAGCGAGGAUGACGAUGAAGAUGGGGAGGGUGGGGAGGAGGGAGAGGAAGAGGAGGAUGACUUUGCGAUCGCCUUCGAAGUGCUCGAUAUGGCGCGCAUAUUGUUGACACGAAAGUUGGAAUCCCUACAGGACACGAAGGACAAGUCGACCGAAGAGAAGCCCGAAGUGCGGCAGAUCAAAGAACGAUUGGCAGACACACACGAUUUGCAGGCCGAGAUCGCGCUGGAGAACGAACGCUUUGCAGAUGCCAUCAACGACACGCGAGAUUCGUUGGCGUUGAAGCUACAACUGUAUCCCGAAGAGAAUUCUCUCAUCGCAGAAGCACACUUCAAGCUCUCACUCGCGUUGGAGUUUGCAUCAGUAACAUCUACGCAAGAAGAUGCCAAUGGAGAGAACAAGGUUGCACAAGUUGAUGAAGCGAUGCGCGAAGACGCGGCCAAGGAGAUGGAGCUCGCCAUCGCAUCGUGUCGAGCGCGGAUCGCCAAAGAGGAGGCUUCGCUCCCGUCGCUAGACGAUGCAAAAGCCGCAGAUAUGAAGAAGUCGCUCGCAGAUGUGAAAGAGAUGGUCGGCGAAAUGGAGACUCGUCUAGAGGAUCUUCGCAAACCCGCAACAUCGCUUUCCGCAAUGCAGAACCUAGGACCAGCCGGCGCGCCUGGAGGGGAAGAAGAGGCCAUGCGAGGCAUUCUGGGCUCUCUGCUGGGCGAGAGCAAGGGAGAGCAGCAGAAGCGGAUACAAGAAGCGACAGCAACAGCCAAUGAUCUGACGGGCAUGGUGAAGAAGAAGAAGCCGAAGGCGGCGGCGACACAACCAGCACCGGUGGUUGAAGGCAAGGGCAAGCGAAAAGCUGACGACGGGGACGCCUCUGCAGCUACGAACGGCAAUGGAAAGAAGGUGAAAUUUGCGGAAGCAGUUGAGGAGGCCGAUACUUGAAGGAGGUCAGUCGACUCUCCACAGGAUAAUCAGGACGGCUACGACAAAGCGAUUUAAUCAAUUCUUCAGCGACCAUGUAUAUGUGCAAAAUGCAUCGAUACCCUUUCGCAUUGUGGCUUAGGGGCGGACUCAAGACGUGAACCAAUUCCUCCUACGAAAUAUCUCUCUUCCCUGUUCUCUG